AGUGUUGUUUGAGCAGAAGAGACCAAACGCGGAACCAACCGGUGACGGAGAAACAAAACUCCUCAGGAGAAAAAUCCAACAGGCAACAGCAGCGCAGCGCACCAAUCCCGACGCGGAUCGCCCAAAACUCCAUCCGCCUCGGGUCCCCGGCUCUUCCUCUUCCUCCCCUCGCUGAGACGCUGACCCCUCGUCGCUGUCACCGCGCGGUCCGACCCGUCCCCCGCUCCCCCAGAUCCGCCCGCGCCCAUGGCGACGCGCAGGCGAAUGCUCCUCAAGGUCAUCAUCCUCGGCGACAGCGGGGUCGGCAAGACCUCGCUGAUGAACCAGUACGUCAACAAAAGGUUCAGCAACCAGUACAAGGCCACCAUCGGCGCCGAUUUCCUCACCAAGGAGGUCCAGAUCGACGACCGCCUCUUCACAUUGCAGAUAUGGGAUACGGCAGGACAGGAGCGGUUUCAGAGUCUUGGUGUAGCAUUUUAUCGGGGAGCUGACUGCUGUGUUCUUGUAUAUGAUGUCAAUGUCACCAAAUCAUUUGAAAAGCUCAACAACUGGCGUGAAGAAUUCCUACUUCAAGCUAGCCCAUCUGAUCCAGAGAAUUUCCCAUUUGUUGUACUUGGGAACAAGAUUGAUGUCGACGGCGGUAAUAGCCGCACAGUUUCCGAGAAAAAGGCUAAAGCAUGGUGUGCUUCUAAGGGGAAUAUCCCCUAUUUCGAGACGUCAGCUAAAGAAGGCUUCAAUGUGGAAGCUGCUUUUGAGUGUAUAGCGAGGAAUGCUAUCAAGAAUGAGCCAGAAGAAGACAUGUAUCUUCCUGAUACAAUUGACGUUGGGGGUGCUGGAAGGCAACAACGUUCGUCAGGCUGCGAAUGCUAGAAGAUAUGGAAAGCUGAUUUCCUCGGUUGAUUGGUUUGGUUCUAUAGGGUUUGUUGUUGUUGAUCGGUUGUGUGCCCCCAUAUAUAUACAUUUAUUAGUUUGCAAGGCUGCUAUCUGUUGGAUAGUCUACAUACGGGUGCUUAUUGUUGACUCCCUUAUGUGGAUGCAGAAAACAUUCAUCGGUAACCGUAACUGCAGCUGCUUCCUUGUUGUAUCGGCGCUAGAUGAUUGUAGGUUUGGAGUACGUUAUUCUAGUGUUGUAAUGCUUUUGAUUGUUGAGGUGCAUGCAUGUAUGUAUCCAAUCCAAGGACUGAUGCUUUUGCUAGUGUUGUAUUGUAAAUGAAAAAAGAAUCUGAUGGUUUCUCUACUGAAUAUGUGGAUGCAUGUAUGUUUG